CCGCGAUGCAGCUUCAAACAGAGCCGGAGCCGGGCCCAGGACCGUCCGGCCAGAGCCUGCCCGCAGGACACCAGAGGGACUCCCCUCACGAUGCAGAGCAGCCCGGCCCCAGCAGCAUGCAGGCAGGGCCUGACUUAAACUGGAUGGAAUCAGGCCAGGCUUUGACCUUCAUUGGCCACCAGGAAACAGAAGGAAAAGGAAAUGUUCACACAGGAGCAAAACCUCCAUGGCUAAUGGAGGAAGAGGAGGGAAGUAAACCACAAAUUGGACCUUCCUAUGAGGAAUUUCUCAAACAAAAGGAGAAGCAGAAGCUGAAGAAGCUCCCAGCAGAGCGUGUGGGUGCCAACUUUGACCAUACAUCUCAGACCGGCGACAACUGGCUGCCUUCCUUUGGGCGGGUCUGGAAUCAUGGCAGGAGGUGGCAGUCCCGGCAUCAGUUUAGAACUGAAUCGGGGGAAAAGAAGAAAAAAAGGUGAUCAGGAGAGGAGCACCAAAGGAACCAAGCUCUGGCUGUUGAGGGGAGGCAGAUGGACCACUGGUAGCCACAGCUUUGUUGCUGCAACUGGUGCCAGGUUCUGCACUCUUGUUUAAUAUAUAGGCCUGGAUGUGCUCAGCCCCUGGAAGGCAGCAUGAUCGCGCCCUAACGCUGCACCGAGCAAGUUCUGAAAGCUCCUUGGCUGUUUUGUCAGGGACACGCAGUGUGUAUUCUGGGCACCCAUGUCUGAAGCUACACAAAGGCACAUCCUGCCAGCAGGAAAGGUCUCCUGCCCAAAGCAUACCUUCAGAAUCAGAGAGCCCAGCUUAUAUAGCACAUGCUGCCAGUGUCCUGCACUGAUGUGUUGCAUGAUAUCCUGUUAAUAUUUUUAAAAGUGUCUUUUUACCUGUUAGUAGAUGAGCUGAAACUCCUUUCAGAAUGAGUUUUCGCUUCAGGGGCAACUGAUGCCAUGCACCCUGUUUUCAUUCUAAUUUACAUUACUUUCACCUUUUCUGCCUCACCCAAAGGUCAGUAGAAGAAAGGAGGCCUUAAAGACCUUUGCUGUGUGCAGCUCUUACUUUCAGCUUCAAUAAAAUAUUUACAGCCUUAUUUAGAGCUGCUUAUCUGUGUCCCCCCACUAGACACCAACCUGACAGAUGCUGUGGCCUCGUAUGCAGAGACCUGUGUAGAGGGAGUUUAAAUAAAUAAUGAAAAUACCCCACUGGCACCUUUCCUACCUGUGAUGUAAGAAAUGGACCUCAAUCCUCCUCCUACUAGAACUGAAUCUGGUUUAACAUCACCAGUGCUGUAGGUGAUGCAAAAGCUCCUUCCCUUUUCACAAUAUAAAAGCAUGUUCCU